AUGCCUCGCACUACCAUGCGAUUGCACGCUAAUAUGAAGGCAAACGACGCAAAUGAGCGGAAAAUCUGGAGGCCACUUCAUCUUGAUAACGCCCAAUAUCCACAGAUUGCACUUGACCGUCAGUCUGUUCUCGACUUUAUCCGUAGUGUCUACGAUCCUUUGCUAAUCGCUUGGCUUGCUGUACCUGGUAAUACCUGGGCAAACCAGUUUUCAUCAAACACUUCCGGUAACGAAUUUCAAGAACAGGUUAUUGCAAGGAUGGAAGAACUUCCAUCGGGUAUUCAAUCGAUAGAGAGAGAGACAGUCCUUGGUAAAAUACUAUACGAUAUUCUCAGGUUUUACCGAUUCACCGAUGCCGCCUGGAGAGUACCUUUGCCUGGCGCUGCUGCCGCUCCUCCCCCUCCCCCUCCUCCCCCUCCUCCUCCCGGUGCUGCUGCUCCUGUUCCUGCUCCUGCUCCUGCUGCCGCUCCUGCCCAUGUUUGGGAAGGCAGUGUGCUUGCUGCUGCUAUUGCCUUGGGAGUGGUUACUACUGCUGCUAACCUAGAAGUGCUUGCAGAUGCUGCAGAGCAAGUACUUGGGCCCGAUGCUCCUGCUACUGCUAACCCUCCUACUCCCCUAGAGAUCCUUGCAGAAGCUGCAAGCGUAGCCGAGCCUAGUCCUGUGGUUUCUCCUACCUCUUCCCUCGAUAUACUUGCAGAUGCUGCAGCCGGACUUCCUUAUGCGCCUGUGCCCGCUCCCGCUGCUGCUGCUGCUGCUGCCCCCGCCCCGGUUAAUUCUCCUGCCUCUGGAAACAAGCGAGACAGAGACGAGGAGUCUGAGGAUGAGUCUGAGCGCCCUGCCAAGAAGAAGCAAGCGGUGAGUCCGAAGUAA